GAAAAAGGGCUUUAGGCUAUAAACAACAAACAAACUAAGUUACCUUACAUUCCACGUUUCUUCCUCCCCAAACUCCAGUAUUUAUGCCCUUCUUUUCCUCUCUUUCUCUUUUCUCAUCACAAUUCAUUCCUAACAACCACCACCUUCACUUUCUCAUCUCCAUCGAAUCCUUCUCUUUUAUUCAUCAUCACUGAUACCUUUUAGUCCGUCUUUAUAUUUAUUCCUCCAUGUUCAUCACCAAAAUCUUUGAUUUGAGGUUUUGAACAAGGUUGACCCUUUUGGCUAUUUGAUCAUAGUUCACUUUCAAGAUGGAAAACAUUUCAGUGUUACCAUCUAAGGAAGAUGAAAAGAUGGAUUUGCCUCCUGGAUUUCGAUUUCACCCAACUGAUGAAGAACUUAUAAGUCAUUACCUUUACAAAAAGGUUAUUGAUUCGAAUUUCUCCGCCAAAGCUAUCGGAGAUGUAGACCUCAACAAGUCUGAACCUUGGGAUUUACCAUGGAAAGCUAAAAUGGGAGAAAAAGAAUGGUACUUUUUCUGUGUGAGAGACAGAAAAUACCCAACUGGUUUGAGGACAAACAGAGCAACAGAAGCAGGUUACUGGAAAGCAACUGGGAAAGAUAAAGAAAUUUUCAAAGGGAAAUCGUUGGUUGGAAUGAAGAAAACUCUUGUUUUUUACAAAGGAAGAGCACCAAAAGGAGAAAAAAGUAAUUGGGUCAUGCAUGAAUAUCGACUCGAGGGUAAAUUCUCUGUUCACAAUCUUCCUAAAGCUGCAAAGAAUGAGUGGGUUAUUUGUAGGGUGUUUCAGAAGAGUUCAGCUGGUAAAAAAACACAUAUUUCUGGGAUAAUGAGGUUGGAUACACUUGGUAAUGAAUUUGAUUGUUCUGUUUUACCACCACUUACCGAUUCGAUUGGGAAAAUCAAACAAUUGAAUGAUUCGGCUUACGUGCCCUGCUUCUCCAAUUCAAUUGAUGUUCAAAGAAACCAAGGAGGGUUCUUUGAUUCAUUCACAAACUCAAUUUACGGUGUUUCUUCAAACAAUCCACCAGAUGUUUUUCAAAGAGGUUCAUUAUACUCUUCUUCUAACCAAUCCGCGGCUAAUUUUCAAUUUCCCGGUUCUGUUUGCGGUAUUCAAGACCAAUCAAUUUUAAGAGCUCUAUAUGAAAACAACAGUUUCAAAAGACAGCAGCAGCAACAAAUUCUGAGUGUUUCGCAAGAAACAGAUCUAACUACUGAUAUAAACGCCGAAACAUGUUCUGUUGUUUCGAAUUUUGAUAUCGGUCGAAGGGCUUUCGAGAAUAAUAACCAUCAACAUCGUCCACCACCUGUUGAAUUUGAUGGUACUUUAUGGAAUUAUUAAAUUCAAAUAGAGCAACUUUUGAGAAUAAGACUAGAAUCAAUCAAAGAGAGUUACUGUAAAAAGAAGCAUAUUGUGUAAGAAAUGUUGUGAAAUUAAGCUACUACUAUAGGCUUGUGCAUAGCAUGAGCAUGGUUAUUGUUAUUUUUCUGAGCUUGGAUUAAUGUAUUAUGGUUUGUUCAUGUUAUUUUUCUGGAUUUGUAAUGUAAUAUAAUGUACUACUGUAUUGUAUUGUAUAUAUACUUUAUACUAUAUAGCUCAGCUAAUAAAAUGCUGAGAGUGUGACUGUGA